AUGUUACGUGCAAGCGGAUUCAAAUAUAAACAACAAGAUGUUUCGGCAUUGGCAUCAAAAGCUUGGGAAGGUGAACCAACGGUUGUUCAGAAUCAAUAUCGUAGACUUGCGCAGGAUUGCUCGACCAUUUUGUUAGAGAUGCGUCGCAAUAUGCUGGGAGACACUGAACGUGAUUGGAGAACUUAUAUGUCUCCGAAUGGUGGUGAAAUUAUUUUCGCUUCUAUCAUCAGUUCUGAGGAUGUUGCUGCUGAUUCUCCUUGUCCUUUAAGAAAUAAUAGUUCAAUAGAGAAGAACGAAAAAUUUAUAUGGGAAAAUAACUUUUCAAUGGUUGAGCCUUCGACUCACGUAUUCAAUACCACCCACAUUUUAAGCCAUUUAUUACCUGAUACGCCAACAUCCCAUCCAUCGCCAACAACUGGCUCAGAGUAUCAUUUUCCAUCAUUUGAUUCUUCUUUGAAUUCUUCCUCGCCGUCGUCGUCUUACUUGUCCAAUAGAAUUGGAGAAUCACAACCACCAUAUUCAUUCCAUUAUGAAAUUACUACGACGAGCCCAAUAAUCGAUCUACCAACACCCGAUGAACCACCACACUUCACUUGGUCAGAUUUGAAUUACGUGACACCUUUAGACUUUCAUGAAGUAUUAGAUGAUGAAAAUAACAAAGAAUUUCAAUAUCCAUCCACGAAUUCUGCUGCUUGCAAUGAUAACGGGAAUCAAUCAUCCUCUUCUGUCAGCUGCUCUAAUCGAGGUGGUGAAAAUAAUUUUUAUUUUUUACAAGAUUGCAAUAAUUAUAAUAGUAAUGACAAUGGAAUAUUCACACCACCGCCACCACAAAUUGUUCAUUGGAGUUCUUUUGAUAGCGAUAGUACAUAA